UGUGUUGUUCAGAGCUCAUCUAGAGCAUUUUAAUGUUUAGAGCACUUGCUCUCUUCUCUUCACUCUCUUCCUGCGAUUGUCUGAAGGCUGGAUUUUGUUUUUGUCUCCCUCCCAACAGCAGUUGUUACUUGCUCAAAGUGUUGCAGAAUAGCUUAUCUGUGUGCCCCAGAAGGGUGGGACUCACCGAGAUCACAGGCUUUUACAAUGAGCCAAAGCCAGCCUGCUGACUGCAAGAAAAUUUGCUGAGGGCUCCAGCCAUGGACUUUGCAAAAGGCAGUGAUUGUUCUGGUGGGACUCGGCUGGUCCAGAGCAGCACUGCAGAGACACAAGUGAGCAUCACCUCAUCCUGGAAAAUCACUGCUUGUGUGGCACUGCUGUGCAUCUCUGCUGUCCUGUGUUGUGAGCGACAGGAGCAGGAGGACCCAGAGCUGUUUCUGGACGCUUGGGUCGCAUGUACUCAGUGACAAGAGCUCCAGAGCUGGGAAUCAGCCUUGAGCCAAGCUCUGCUGGCAUGCACCUGGGACCGCUCGCCUAAAGCCUUGUCGCUCUGCACCUGCCCCCUCUGCACGUUCACUGUGCUCACCCUCGUGUUUCAUCAGGUUACUGCAAAGCCUGGAGGAGUCUGAACUCAUUCUGUUCAAGGCUCAGACUACACCUUUGUGCUCCUGAGGCAAAGACUAAAAGGAAGGCACCAAUUUGUCUGUUUAAAUUUUCUGCCAGGAGUCUUUGCAAUGGAUGAUGGAGCAGAGUCUCUGAUGACUGUGCAUCUCCUCACCCACUUGGGACACUCAUUUCCUCUGCAGCAAACUCUGGAUCGGCUUUUGGAGUGGCUCUGCCUGGACGUUCGCCUUUUCCUGGUGUCUGAGCGAGUUCCUCCACUGAAGUACUCUGAGAGAUACCGCAAGAGGAGCUGCAGCUUUCCCGGAAUAUCCGUCCUCCUUUUUCUGCACGAGGACUUGGGAGAAGAACGGAUUUUCCAGGUGCACGAGCAAUUCCAGCGCCCUCCCUGGCGCUACCAGCGUGCCCAGUUUGCCGAUGGGCGAAGCCCCCGCUGCGCCUAUGCCCCAUGGCAGCAGGACUUCUAUGGGCUGGGCGAGCAGCUGCCCGUGUGGGGCGUCAGGCGGGUGCACUGCGGCCCCGAAAUCCUGCGGGUCACCCUGUACUGCAGCUUUGAGAACUACGAGGAUGCAGUGAGGCUGUACGAGCUGAUCCUGCGGAAGGAAGGCGCCCUGCAGAGCAGCACUCUGUGCGUCUUCGCGCUGCACACCGCCCCGCACGUGGCCGUGCAGCUGUGCCUGAAGCAGCUGCCCGCCGGGGUGCUGGCCCAGCCCAGGGACUCGGCAGCCUUGCAGUUCAAGGUGCAGGAAAUCGGGCAGCUGGUGCCCCUGCUGCCCAACCCCUGCGUUCCUAUCAGCAGCACCAGGUGGCAAACGCAGGACUACGAAGGAAACACAAUUCUGCUCAAGGUUCAAAACAGCUCCAGGACCCUUGAAACAAACAUCGGGCUUUCCCAGCAGCAGAAUAAUACAGGCAGUGGAAAAAUCCCGCAGGACUGUAUGCCAGCCCCUCUCCCUGUAAAGCAGGGUAAUCCCGGGCGGAGAAGCCAGGAGGUCAGAGCUGUGAAGGGUGGAGCAGAACGUGACCCGAGUGCAGCCCUUGCCUCUGCACAAGCCAGCAGAGACCUGCAGAGGCCCGCGUGCUCUCCUCCCGGUGUCGCGGCAUCCCGGGCGGGCCGGGCAGCGGCGCCGCUGCGCAGGCAGGCGGGCAGCAGCCUGCGGGCUGCGCUCCCGGGGAGCCGCGGGGCCGACACCACACUGAAUUUCCACGGAGGGAUGCUAAGGAGGCUGCAGGAAAAAUAA